AGCAAGUUCGUUGUGACAGAGGUUGUAGCCUUCACUGCCGUGAACUGCGAGUAUCCAUACAUUUAAUAGUUGUUUAUAAUAAUACGAUUUGAGUCAAUAAUCUGUAUGAGAAGCAGUGUUCCAACUUAAAUAAAAUAAAAAACCUAAAACCUCCGUGUAACUAGAGGCAGCCAGCUAAAUGCAACCAAUGCACAACCAGUGUCCGUGAACUUUGUCUUGCUUCCCCCCUCUCGGUGCAAUGUCCACCUCAUUUUUAGCCAGUUAUAGUAGGAAGGUGUUUCUAACACUCGGCGGGGGACGCGGUGUGAGAAAAGCUGUUUUUGGAUCGCAUUUUGUAGCAGUCCCACGCCGUUCCAUAAUAGACCUCUCCUACUCCACCCACUUCAUGGAUUUUAAAGGUUCCUCGAUACCUAGCUCCAUGAAAAAGCUUGUCGUGACGAGACUAAGCCAAAAUUUCAGGGACGCUGUUUCCUUGCAAAUCGCUCCAGUUCCGACUCCUGGGGAUGGGGACUUGCUCAUUAGAAAUCGAUUUGUUGGCAUCAAUGCAUCUGAUAUCAAUUACUCAGCCGGUCGGUACGACCCCUCCGUCAAGCCACCUUUCGACGCAGGGUUCGAGGGCAUUGGCGAGAUUGUGGGGUUGGGUCUAAGCGCCAGCGCCAAAUUUACAGUGGGCGAAACUGUGGCCUAUUUUGGUGAAGGAGCAUUCGCCGAGUACACAGUAGUCCCCGCCAAAAAGGUUGUCCCCGUGCCAUCAGCCAAGCCGCAGUUCCUGACCCUCCUGGUGAGUGGAGCCACAGCUUACAUUGCCCUGAAGAGACUCGGCAACCUGACGAAGGGCGAAACCGUCCUGGUGACGGCCGCGGCGGGCGGCACUGGGCAGUUUGCCGUCCAGUUCGCCAAGAUGGCCGAGUGCCACGUGGUAGGGACCUGCUCCUCGGACGAGAAGGCCGGGUUCCUGAAGACGCUCGGCUGCGACCGGCCAAUCAACUACAAGGCCGAAGACCUGGCCGGAGUCCUGCGAAAAGAGUACCCAGGCGGGGUGGACGUGGUUUACGAGUCGGUCGGGGGCAGCAUCUUCGACACGGCGGUCAACUGCCUGGCCAAAAAGGGCCGGCUGAUCGUCAUCGGCUUCAUCUCGGGGUACCAGACAGCGUCCGGGCUCCAGCCCGUGAGGGCCGGGACGCUUCCCGCCAAACUGCUGCAGAAGUCAGCCAGCGUGCGCGGGUUCUUCCUCCCUCACUUCCUGUCCGAUUACAGGGACGCCAUGGGGAGCAUGCUGCAGAUGUGCGCCAGAGGAGAGCUAACCUGCGAGGUGGACUUGGGGGAGAUGGCUGAUGGAGGAAAGUUUGCGGGGUUGGAAUCUGUGUUCCGUGCCGUCGACCACAUGUACAGUGGUAAAAACCUCGGGAAGGUGGUGGUGGAACUGGUGCCUUCUGUCGACAGUAAACUGUGAAGUCACCUUGCACUGGAAUUCCUACAGAUGUUGUAAAUGAUAUAUUUUGGAAAUUCCUAACUAUAGAUUGAAAACUUGAAUGAAAUGUAGGGCACAGAAUAACUAAUCAGUUUGUUAUUUGCUCGCUUAACUCAGAUUUAAAUCUAUAUUGUUGCAGAGUGUCUUUAAAAAUACUGAACCUAAUGCAUCUAUACAUGCAGGGCUUCUCAUAACUCUUUUGACUGUGAUUCUGGAAGGGAUUAAA